UGAUCCCAGCACCAGGUCAUAAAUACUCACUCAAACAGCGGUUUAAUUGUUUGUGAGGAAAGGAGGAUGCUAUAAUCCAGCCUCCGCCUCCUUCUCCCACAGCACGUCGUCUGUCAGAUUUCACUUUUCAUUACACACACGCACUCACACACACCCCUCCUCCUCCAGCCCGCCGUCCAUCCAUCCUUCCCGCACACUGCGCUGGAUCCAGGCUCCACACCACCGCUUCUCCUGCUUGCACACAUAAUAUAUCGGAUUUUACACAAACGGCUCACCUUUGCUCACACAUCGUGGUUAAGAGAUGUGUUUUUUCCGCGUCUGAUGAUUUUUUUACACCUGACAACAACAAUGCGUAAACCCUGCACGCUCCGGCUGUUCUGAGAUUGGAUUAAAAAGGUGAACUACAGGCAGCACACACAGAAAUGGACCACAAACAAGAGGCUUCACUCUCUGACAGCAUGGCUGUGAACAUGACGCCAGCUCCUGCCAUUUGGGCCGGGGAGGACCAGCCGUCGCUGCUGGACCAGGAGGACUCGGUGUCGAGCCAAGCCUCCGUCUCUGUGCCAUGUCCGGGGGUCAGAGCUGAGCCUCUCAUCCUCAGCAGCAGCAGCAGCAGCCCGGUCAUCACGAGGCCCCCCCGCAGCAAAUCCAAAGGCGAGCUGGUCAUUGUCAUCAACGAGAAGCUGAAGAACAGUAACGGGAUCCACUCGGCGCCCGCAGAGAGCCCCUCUCCGGUCAUCUGCUCUCCUCCCAGAAGACAACACUCCAUCUCCUACCCCCACCCCCACCACAACAAGACGAGGAAGGGCAGCAGGGCGAGCUCCGUCGGCUACACCGCCUUCUCGCCCAGGCCGUCCAUCUCCCGCCACUCCAGCAUCGCCACCAACCCUCCGCUGGACCGCACCAAGGUCAAAGACUACCUCUUCCUGUCCGUGCUGGCCUGCUUCUGCCCCGUGUGGCCCAUCAACAUUGUGGGAUUUGUCUACUCUAUCAUGUCCAAGAACAGCCUCGAGCAGGGAAACCUGGACGGCGCUGUGCGUUUGGGACGAGUGGCCAAGAUGCUCUCCAUAGUGUCUCUAGUUGGAGGGACGCUCAUUAUCAUCGCCUGCAUCGUCAACCUGGCCAUAAAUGUGAAAACCUGAGUUUCAUCCCAGGAUGAAACUGGAUAAGGCAACUGACCAUCUGGCCCGCACCUGCACCACCGUCUUUACCGCCUAGUCAUUACCUGGAUGUGUGACAAAUAUGCACCCGAUAUACAGUGCGUACUUGUAUUUCUGUAAUCUAUAUAAAUCCCUUUUUGCUAAUGGAAGAAAAUAAAAUAUGCAAAUGCUGCUGUUCUGAGUCAGAGGAAGGGAGAAGAAAGUCUAAUCAGCCCCUUCGUAUUCUGGUCAUUCAGAACGAUUCUUGAGAAACUCUUCGAGAAGUGACUCAAGCAAGCUGGACUAGACAAUUGGGUGGAGGUGGUUUCAGACCGUGAACCAUCAAGGACUGCCUCCCAGUUUCAGCGCCACAUGCAACAAAAUGUCCGCCCUUCACGGCACCCGAUGACAGGACACAUCUGUUUGCCGCCAAAUAUCCUCUCAAACAGGGAGAAGCUCUGGGAUUUGGUUUGGCUGCAUUGGAAUCACAGAGCAGAUAUUAGUCCUGGAAGAGAAGAAACACUUUGAAUCGCUGUGUGUCCUCUUGUUUCUGACUCUUCUCUGUGGUUCUCAUGACUGCCGCCCAUACAUCAUGUGUACGGGUGGCAAAAGAGGAUGGAAAAGAGGCUUACCAAGGACUAGCUACGGGUGCUAAACUGCAAGGGAUUAUGGAAAGUCUGACACAGGAGGCACAGUCAUCACUGGAAGGAAAUAUAUGUGCCAAAAAGAAGAGCCGACUCUAAACACAGAGUUGUUGUAGAGACGAAACAUGUUUUUUUACUCUGCUGCAACUCUACUGUUUGUAUAUCCGCUCAACACCACUGACCACUGUGAGCCUGGGAAGGGUACACAACAAAAAACACUGUAGCAUGUACUAUACUAAUUAUUAUCAUCAAUAUAUCUUUUGAUAAUGUUUGUAAAAGAUCACUUUGAAACUGAAUUUCAUAAGCAUAAGUGAUGCUCUUGAAGUGCUGUGCCGCGGUUGACAGUUGGUGGUAUAGUUGUAUGCAUAUGGGCAUCUGUAUUUGGUUAACAAAUGAAAUUGCUUGUUAUUGCAGCCAAAGGCUCCAGCCUCAGUCUGCAGCCACAGGUAGCUCAUACUCGCAAACAAGACAGAUUGUGGCUUUUUGUCCCCUUUAAAAAACCUAAAACGGCAAUGAGAACCAUCAUUAUUUGCCCAUUUGGUUGUCUUUAUUAUUAUAUCUUAUUCUUCUUAUAUUCUUAACUAACCUUUAAUCUACUCACUGUGAUCUGAAGCACCUGGGCUUCAUCGAUGAUCUAUAAAACUCUGGAUAUUGAAUCAUGUACCGAUACUCACACAUGCAGACAACUUUCUGUAAUGAUUUAAUGCGGCAGCUUUUCCCCUCAAUUACCACUUAACAUGUACAUUUAAUUGUAAUUGACAGUGAUGUAUUCUGCAGAUAUAAAUCUCAAUAUUGUGAUAACUCUCUAGUUAAUAUGAGUUUAAGUAGUUUUGAUCUAACAUAGGCGCAGUUACUGACAUUGUGUUACCACCGGGCUUCUAUAAUCUUUGUGGUUAUUGGCAUGCUGUGGAUUUUUGUUAAUAUUUGAUGAAAGAAAUUGUAAAAAACAAAGAUUACGCUGGCACUUGGAAUAUUAUACUCCUGCAGCACAUUCAUAAUAAAGAGACAAUGCAUGAAA